CCGAGGUCGGCGCGCUCCGCCCCUCGUCCCCUCCAAGAUGGCGAGCGGUGGCAGCGGCGGGGUGGCGGUGUCUGCACUGUGGAGUGAGGUGAACCGCUAUGGCCAGAACGGCGACUUCACGCGCGCCCUCAAGACGGUCAACAAGAUCCUGCAGAUCAACAAGGAAGAUGUGACAGCCUUGCACUGUAAGGUGGUGUGCCUAAUCCAGAACGGGAGUUUCAAGGAAGCCCUGAAUGUCAUCAACACCCACACCAAAGUGCUGGCCAACAGCCCGCUGUCCUUUGAGAAGGCGUACUGCGAGUACAGGCUACACCGCAUUGAGAAUGCGCUGAAGACCAUAGAGGGUGCCCAGCAGCAGACUGAGAAGCUGAAGGAGCUGUACGGGCAAGUGUUAUAUCGCCUGGAACGCUACGAUGAGUGCUUGGCCGUGUACAGAGACCUGGUCCGAAACUCGCAAGAUGACUAUGACGAGGAGAGGAAGACCAACUUGUCAGCGGUUGUUGCGGCUCAGAGCAACUGGGACAAGGUGGUCCCGGAGAACUUGGGCCUCCAGGAAGGCACUCACGAGCUGUGCUACAACGCUGCGUGUGCGCUCAUCGGCCAGGGCCAGCUGAACCAGGCGAUGAAAAUCCUCCAGAAAGCUGAAGAUCUUUGCCGCCAUUCAUUUUCAGAAGAUGCUGACGGGGCAGAGGAGGACCCUGAAGCCGAGCUGGCCAUCAUCCAUGGCCAGAUGGCCUACAUCCUGCAGCUGCAGGGGCGCACAGAGGAGGCUCUGCAGCUUUACAACCAGAUCAUAAAACUCAAGCCGACAGAUGUGGGAUUACUGGCUGUAAUUGCAAAUAACAUCAUCACCAUCAACAAGGACCAGAAUGUCUUCGACUCCAAGAAGAAGGUGAAGUUAACCAACGCCGAAGGUGUGGAGUUUAAGCUUUCCAAGAAACAACUGCAAGCUAUCGAGUUCAACAAGGCUUUACUUGCCAUGUACACAAACCAGGCAGAGCAGUGCCGCAAAAUAUCUGCCAGUUUGCAGUCGCAGAGCCCUGAGCACCUGCUGCCCGUGUUGAUCCAGGCCGCCCAGCUCUGCCGCGAAAAGCAGCAUGGGAAGGCAAUAGAACUGCUACAGGAAUUCUCAGAUCAGCAUCCAGAAAAUGCAGCUGAAAUUAAGUUGACCAUGGCACAGUUGAAAAUUUCCCAAGGUAAUAUUUCCAAAGCAUGUCUAAUAUUGAGAAGCAUAGAGAAGUUAAAGCAUAAACCAGGCAUGGUGUCCGCGUUAGUGACCAUGUACAGCCACGAGGAAGAUAUUGACAGUGCCAUCGAGGUCUUCAGCCAAGCUAUCCAGUGGUAUCAGACCCAUCAGCCCAAAUCUCCUGCUCAUUUGUCCCUGAUCAGGGAAGCUGCAAACUUCAAACUCAAGUAUGGGCGGAAGAAGGAGGCGAUCAGUGACCUGGAGCAGCUCUGGAAACAAAAUCCAAAAGACAUUCACACCCUGGCACAGCUUAUUUCUGCUUACUCUCUGGUAGAUCCAGAGAAAGCAAAGGCUCUCAGUAAACACCUGCCCUCAUCGGACAGCAUGUCUCUCAAGGUGGAUGUUGAGGCUCUAGAGAAUUCCCCUGGUGCCACGUAUGUUCGGAAGAAGGGUGGCAAAGCUGCUGGAGACAGUCAGCCGAAGGAGCAAGGACAGGGAGAUUUGAAAAAGAAGAAGAAGAAAAAGAAGGGAAAACUGCCCAAGAACUAUGACCCCAAAGUGACCCCAGAUCCAGAAAGGUGGCUGCCAAUGCGAGAACGCUCUUACUACCGCGGAAGGAAGAAAGGGAAGAAGAAGGAUCAGAUCGGCAAGGGGACCCAGGGAGCCACUGCGUCAGCUGCGUCAGAACUGGAUGCCAGUAAACCUGUGAACAGCCCGCCCACCUCCCCGAGACCUGGCAGUGCAGCGGCAGUGUCCGGCUCCACGAGCAACAUCAUCCCGCCCCGACACCAGAAGCCUGCAGGAGCACCAGCAGCCAAGAAGAAACAGCAGCAGAAAAAGAAGAAAGGCGGAAAAGGCGGCUGGUGAAGAGAGCGCAGUGUUUCCACACUGGUCUCAGAGACACUGGGGACGCAGUAAAGGACCCGGCAGGAAGCGCCGAGCCCCCUCCA